AUGCAGCCCACACUAGCCCCAGCGCCGCAUCCAAGUAUGCAAACGUCUGCUCAGGACCAUGCGGAUCAGGUGCUGCAUGACCAGCUCCUGGCUGCUCACCAACAUCUGUCGCACCCACAGCAGGCACGUCCGCAAGGUCCGACCGCGCAGCCUCCGCAUAUGCAACCCAACACCACCAGCCCUCGAGACCAGAACAACAUCGACCCUGCCAUCUCCGGCGCUGCCAUGCUCAGUGGUCCUCCUCAGACUCCUCCCCAGCCAGAGCCUACGGGCCAGGAAUCCCCCAAGACAUAUGGCAAGCGACCGCUGUCGACUUCCAAGCGCGCUGCCCAGAACCGGGCCGCACAGAGAGCUUUCCGUCAGCGCAAGGAGAGCUACAUUCGCAAGCUGGAGGAGCAGGUGAAGGAGUUUGAUAACACGAACGAGACGAUGAAGCAGCUGCAAGCCGAGAACUACCAGCUCCGUGAAUAUAUCAUCAACCUGCAAUCGCGCUUGUUGGACUCUCAGGGCGAGGUUCCCGAGCUGCCUGGCAACAUUGAUUUGAACCAGCCACGAAAUGAUAUCUCCGUUCCCCCGCCGGGGGCUCCGGCGGCCACCGGUCCCGCGCCCGGUCCUGGCGGUGCACCGCAGCAAAUGCAGGUCCCCAACCCCGGUGCUGCCUCGAACGAAGACAUGAACUCGCUGAAUCGCAUCGCGGUUGCUGGCCUGGGAAUGCGCAAGCACCCCAAUGAGGAGGCGAACUUCCUGGGGAACAAUUUCCAGGCUCGUCGCCCGCGCAAUGACGACGGACAGCCCGAUGGGUCUGACGCCACGAAAACGGAGCCUGGUCACGGGUUGCCCGUUGUAUCAUGA